GCAUACAAAUGUCAAAUGAAAGUGUAAGUGCCGCAACACGCAUCUUCGAAUGAUUUUAUUUGAUUUUUCCAAACCUCUCAGUAAUUUCUGAUAGAAAAUAGGGGCAGACGUAGCAGACAUAUUUUAGAUUUAGUUGAUAGCAGUAAAAUGAGUAGUAAAUAUGAAUGUGGCGAUUUUUCACAAUUUCAGGAAGAACUUAAAAGGAUGCGAGACUUGGAUGACAAAAUCAUAUACGCACUGAAUACCUCAUUACCGACUGAGUCCUUCAAAGGCCAGGUCGAUCCGGGAGUCAAAUGCCGGGAACUGCAUCAGCAGCUUCAAACAGGAAACAGUCACCGACAGGAUGCUAUUAAAAACUGCAUUGUCCUGUGUGCAGAUACCGUGAAACAGCUCAAAGAGAAGCGGGAGGAAAGCCGGGACGAUAUCGCGCUUAAUAAACAGUUCAAAACGGAACAACGAAAGCUGCGUCUACUCCAAGCUGAAUUGAGUGUUGAGGAUAUCAUUCGUGAGCGUACACAGAAAGCUUUUAGAGAACGAUGUAGACUGUUCGUGAACCUAGACUCGUUAUAGAAUCGUUUGGCAAUGGAAACAAUCGCAACAAAUGUAAAAUAAGAAAGGAUAUAUCCCACUACACUACCGCAACAACUUUUUGAAAGCAUUUAUCAACAUAGUUUUGUCACGGCUGGAAUUUGGUUGACCUUUGCAGCAAUAUCCGUAUAAAGUUAAAUCGAAAAAAGGUAACAUUGUUCGUUUUUUUACUAUGUAAACAUGAAAGAUGAACAUCGAACAUCCGUUUUAUUAUGUAGUUGAAAAUAUAGUUAGCCGGUUUCUA